AUGAGUGGAAGUUAUCCUCGGUGGACGUCAGACUUGAUUCUGGCACCGCCAGCUAAUGGCGAUCAUGCGGAACAACGCAAGCUCGAUCCCAGCCAUGUCCCCCCAUCUGAAAUCGACCCAUUGAUCGUGGACAGCUUGCUCACGGAGCAUGCGACGCAAAUAGCUCAUUAUAGGCAGAGGUUAGCCAGAAAUGAACUCAAAGGUCAUCGCAACUUGACAGCACUGCGCCCGAAGUUCAAUUUUUACAAGGACGAUGCAAACGAUGAAGCUACGUACCAACAGGUCCAAGCAACCUUUGCGCAGUUAUACGAUAGGGUUGAGAAGACCGCUGAUUUGCACCUGUGCAAUUCCGGGGUAGAGCAAAUUUGGCCUCGCCCGCUCAGCCUCAGGGAGAAAAACAGCUCUUACCAGUGGAAGAUAUACUACAAUGAACCGACAGACGAAAUUCCAUGGUAUCCGCCUCACUUGGAGCUUAUCCCUUGGAAGGAUAGAAAUUGGCUGACGUCAAUCUUCAACUUCUUUGGUCUGGCUGAAACCAGCUUGAUUUUCUGGGUCGCCCAGGGUCCGUUGGGCAUGGAAGUGCCCAACAUUUUGGACUUUAUCCCGGCGAGCUGGGCUGAGGAUGCGAUCACUUGGGUUUUGCGUUAUAUCAAUGGGAGCGUUCAUGAUGCGGCCAUGCAAGAGCCAAAUAUGGAAGCCUUCGAAACUUACAACAGGGAACACCGCAAAACGGGCACCGACAUUGCUCAAGGAGAGAAUCUUGGACUACUCAAAGACUGGUACAGCGAUCGUCGAUUCGCCGAACAGUCCUUCACUGGUGCCAACCCAACCACUAUCAAAAGGAUCACUCCCAACCUCUUGAAUGAAUUCAGGGCAGCGGCUCAUGAGCAGAAACUGUCGACAUGGGAAGAAAGAUUGGCCCAGGAUUCAGCAUUCUUCGUGCAAGAUUUUAGCCACCUGCGCCAUGCCAUCGACGUUGAUGCCCGAAAGGAACUCCGAUAUGCUGGUGCUGCAAAUCAAUGCAACUGGGCUUGCGCGUCUGUUACUCUAUUCCAGCUUCACGACGACGGAAGGCUUCACCCGAUUGCAAUUGUCAUUGACUACAAGCAAAGCAUGAAAGACUCGGUCACCAUCUUCAACAAGAGCUACGAUCCUCGAGAGCCAACCGCAACAGAUGAGAUAAUCCCGGAGGAACGAGAUGACUGGCCUUGGCGUUAUGCCAAGACAUGCGCCCAAGUGUCUGACUGGAUGUUCCAUGAGGUCGGCGUUCACCUGACUCGUGCGCACUUUAUCGAGGAAGCAGUCAUUGUGGCCACGCAUCGCACCGUUCCCGAGAAUCACAUCGUAUUCAAGCUUCUGAAUCCGCACUGGUAUAAGACGCUUUCUCUCAACGCAGGUGCGCGAGCAACACUCGUCCCCCGUGUCAUCACUGAGCUGGUCGGUCUGGAACCUUCUGAGCUGUACAAAUUGGUGCGCUAUGAAUACAACAACUUCGACUUCGUCAAUAGCUAUGUCCCCCGGGAUUUGGCAAACCGAGGUUUCUCUGACAUUGUUGACGGGCUCAGCGCGGAUAGGUACAAGAACUAUGCCUACGCCAAGAACGCAUUGUCCAUGUGGAGAUGCAUUCGAAGCUACGUCAAGGCGAUGCUGCAGACCUCAUAUGGCCUGGAUGAGAAAUUGGCAGAUGCCAGAGUUGAAGCGGAUGACUCCAUCAGAAACUGGUGCAAAGAAAUUCAGCUUUAUGCUGGGAUUACCAGUUUCCCAAAGAUACGGUCACUGAAUGACCUCUGCGACGCAAUCACCAUGAGCAUCCACAUUGCUGCCCCGUUCCACAGUGCCGUCAACUACUUACAAAACUUCUACUUGGCAUUUGUACCAGCUAAGCCUCCAGCUCUCGCAAAGGGGCUCCCACAGACACUUGAAGAGCUUUCAAAAUAUCAGGAAAACGAUCUGAUGCAAGCGCUUCCAAUCGGCCGUCAACGACAGUGGAUGCUUGCAACUCAAUUGCCUUGGUUGCUGAGCUUCAAACCUGCGGGGAGUAGCAAUCUCAUCACCCUUGCUCAGUCCCAGCAAAAGGUGAACUGGGGCAAUACUACGGAGGAUCGAGAAGCGAUUGCGGCAAUUUGCAAGAAGUUCGAAGGCGACCUCCUACAAUUGGAGUCUGAGUUCAAAGAGACUUCCGACAAGAUGGACAUAGGGCGAAUUCCCUAUAAAGUGAUGAACCCUGAAGCGACAGCAAGGUCAAUCCUCAUUUAG